AUGCCCGGCAGUUCAUACUAUACAACAUACUAUGAGCGAGACUACACAUACCAGGAGGAAGACUAUCCCUCUCCCCAACUGUCAGCAGCAUGUGGUCCUCUGCCACUCCCGAUCGUGAUUCCACAGCAACGACCGGGGUCCAGGGAACGCGGUUUCAUCGCCGCAUAUGCCCCGUCACUAGAGGCAUGCGGCAUUGACCGCAUGACAUUCUUAAAAUUCCUAGAUGAAUGCAAUACAGCUGUACAGGGAAAUAAGUUCCUAGCCGGUGUACAAGUGGUCUCGUUCGGCGUCGGAUUCACACCGGAGAUGAUCGUGAUGGGAGUUGCCACUGCUGUGCAGGCCGGUGCCUACAUUGCAAACAAAGGCCAUGUCAGACACAAAACCAAUGCUGUCCUCGAUCGCUAUAACCAAGAACUGUUCGGCCCUCGCGGCCUCUUCUGCAUGAUCAUGAGUUACGAGCCGGAAACAUACGACACGGUUGGGUCUCACUCACCAUCAAGCCAGCUUAGUCGGCUCGGAUCCCUGGCCUCGCGCAGCUGGGUACGAGACCCAGUCUCGGGAACGUCGCAAGGCGCUCACAAUCUUCCCUCCGCUGUUGCGCCCUUGAUGUAUAUUGACGAUCGGCGUCAGCAUAAAGAGCUCCUGUCCGAUGUAGGUCCGCUGGAGCCCACAGAGAAAAUCAAGAGAUCGAAGAAGGUCAAAAGGGCGCUCGAUACGCUCAACGAUUACUUGGACCGGAGGGCCCGUGCGCAAUACACAGCCGAGAAUUCAGGCGAUAUUCUAAACGUCCCGCUGACCCGCGGCUUCAAAAACCGCUAUCUCGAUCCUAAUCACCCCGCCACGAACGGCGGUCUUAUCGGACUGCUCUCCGGUGGCGUGCUGACCCCUGAUCCGGAAUCACGGAGGCGCAAGGCCCUGCGACGGGUUGAAGAAGAAGAACAGCGGGUCAUGGAGCAGUAUUAUCAGCAGAUGGACAGUAUUCGCAAUCAGAACCAGUCCCGAUGGGAAAUUGACAGACAGAUUCGACAGUGUGAUGAGCAAUUUGCGCCGCGGUUCGAGGAGUUCCGGGAGCGGAGGCGAGAAGCACAAGGAAAGCAGAGGAAUAUUAGGAAGGAUGUUUUAUACCUGACCAUUGUGAAUAAGCCGACGGAGAGAGAAUUGGCCGCAGCAGCGGCGAGGUUAAAUACUAGUAGUGGUUAUGGGAAUGGGAUGGUAGGCGUUACACAGGUAUAG